GGCUGAGUGGAUUCCGAGGAAUUGAAAUCGUUAGGCAAUAUAUUCAAAGUUGUGUCAACAAGCAACAUUUUAUUAAUCAAGGGGUAGGAACUAAAGGCAGAAAAAAUGUAAUUUAUUAUGACAGCGGUUAUCAAAACGAUGACCGAGAAAGCAAGUCUUAUUCCUUUUCAGAAACCUUGCACGAUGAGGAAAAUGCCGAAUUGGCGGGUGAGGAAAUACGACGCCGAGACGUGUCAAUUCAGGCUAACGAUUUAAUUAACGCCUUGGGCAAACGAGAAGCGAUUCUUUUAAAUCGUCUUCUCUAUAAGGAGGAAAAAAAAGAAUUGCGAGAAAAUUUGAAAUUACGAGAUAAAUUUAAUUUAGAAACGCUGCAAAAAUACUCCUUAGAAAGUCCAAAAAUCCAUAAUUUGCCAGUAGCAAAAAAAUAUUUGUCGUUAUUCACUAAAAAUCAUAAGUUUAUCGAAAUAAGUAGGAUUAUUGAAAAAUCGGAAAAUACGGCUCGUCAAUUAAAAUUGAAAACCGUAAUCACGGCUGUGGUUAAUUUCAAUAUUGGUGUUAAUACAAAAAACGCCCUUUUCAGCCGUGAAAAAACCCUGAGUGAACAGGUUAUUAAAGCGAUAGAAAAGGAAGAAAGUGAAGAAAUUACAAAAGCGAGAGUGAGAGAAAUAAUAAAUAGCCAGGCCGAUGAAACCGAUAAGCGACAGAAAGAGACCAAGGAAAAUGCUAUCGGAGAGAUACAAGGAGAGGGUUCUUUGUCGAAAGAAAAGGUCAAAGAGAUAAUCGAAAAUGCCAGCGUUAGCGGUCGGAGAGUUUUCGAUUCUAGUCAAAAUAAUUUCGAAUUUUCAUUCAAUUUUUUUG